GAAGCCAUUUGCUGUGGGCCAGCGCUGCGUUAGCGGGGCCGUGUUUUAGCUGCUGCUCUGCUUUCUGAGACGCACCGCAGUUACCCCGGGUCUCCUGGAGCUCCUGUAUCGCUGUUAAUACAGCGCUGUUUAUAGUUCAGGGUGCGGGUGUGAAGAAUAAGCUGCCAAGAUGCCGCGAAUUAUGAUUAAAGGAGGCGUUUGGAGGAACACUGAGGAUGAGAUCCUUAAAGCAGCUGUAAUGAAAUAUGGCAAAAAUCAAUGGUCCCGGAUUGCCUCUUUGCUGCAUAGAAAGUCAGCUAAACAGUGUAAAGCUAGAUGGUAUGAGUGGCUGGAUCCCAGUAUUAAGAAAACAGAAUGGUCUCGUGAAGAAGAGGAAAAGUUGCUGCAUCUGGCCAAGCUGAUGCCCACCCAGUGGAGAACAAUAGCCCCCAUCAUUGGCAGGACAGCUGCACAGUGCCUGGAGCACUAUGAAUUUCUUCUAGACAAAGCUGCCCAAAGAGACAAUGAAGAAGACACAACAGAUGACCCUCGCAAGCUUAAGCCUGGGGAGAUUGACCCUAACCCUGAGACUAAGCCGGCCAGGCCAGACCCUGUGGAUAUGGAUGAAGAUGAACUGGAGAUGCUGUCUGAGGCCAGGGCUCGUUUAGCAAACACACAGGGCAAAAAGGCCAAGCGGAAAGCCAGGGAGAAGCAGCUUGAGGAGGCCAGGCGAUUGGCAGCCCUGCAGAAGCGCAGAGAGUUGCGUGCUGCGGGCAUCGAUAUUCAGAAGAAGAGAAAGAAAAAGAGAGGCGUAGACUACAAUGCCGAAAUUCCUUUUGAGAAGAAGCCUGCUCAGGGAUUCUAUGAUACGUCUAUGGAGCAAUAUGAUCCACUUGAGCCUGACUUCAAAAGACUUCGCCAGCAGCAUCUUGACGGGGAGCUCAGAAAUGAAAAAGAGGAAAGGGAACGUAAGAAGGACAGGCAGAAAAUCAAGAAGAAGAAAGAGUCGGACCUCCCCUCUGCUAUUUUGCAGACCAGCGGAGUGUCUGAGUUCACCAAGAAGAGGAGUAAGCUGGUCUUGCCUGCACCACAGAUCUCUGAUGCUGAAUUGGAGGAAGUGGUCAAACUCGGCCAGGCGAGCGAGAUCGCCCGACAAACUGCUGAAGAGUCAGGAAUUACAAACUCGGCCUCCAGUGCACUGCUUUCUGAAUACAAUGUCACCAAUAAUGCUAUGGCCCUCCGUACACCACAGACUCCUGCAGCACAGGACAAGAUUAUUCAGGAAGCCCAGAAUCUGAUGGCACUCACAAACGUGGACACCCCUCUGAAGGGAGGUCUGAACACACCUCUACAUGAGAGUGACUUUUCUGGGGUCACACCUCAGAGGCAGGUGGUCCAGACUCCAAAUACUGUACUCUCUACACCAUUCAGAACACCAAGUCAUGGUGCCGAGGGUUUGACUCCUCAUAGCGGUAUGACUCCAAAGCCUUCCAUGGGAGUGACCCCAGGCCGAACACCACUGCGUGACAAACUUAACAUCAACUCUGAAGAUGGUGUGGUGGACUAUGCAGAUCCAGCAUAUGCAAAACACCUGCAACGGGAAUCUCGCGAGCAUCUGAAGAUGGGCCUGCUGUCUCUGCCGAUGCCCAAAAACGACUUUGAGAUUGUGCUGCCUGAGAAUGCUGAAAGGGAGCUUGAGGAAGCAGAGGUGGACGAGAGCUUUGUGGAGGAUGCGUCCGACAUUGAGCUUCGUAAACAAGCAGUCAGAGAUGCUGAGCGGGAGAAGGAGCUGAGGCAGAGACAUACAGCAGUGCAGAGGAACUUACCCAGGCCUUCUGAGGUAAACGAGACCAUUCUGAGGCCUCAGAAUGUGGAACCUCCUCUCACAGACCUUCAGCAGGCAGAGGAGCUCAUUAAGAAGGAAAUGAUCACUAUGAUUCACUUUGACAGCCUGCAUCACCCUUAUACAGAGGCACUGGCCAAAAAAGUUAAGGGAGUGGGAUCCAGCUCCAACAACGCUGAGCACAUUGCCUUCCUGGAGAAAACGCCCUACGAAAAGGUUGGGGAGGAAGACCUUAAAAAGGCCAAGGACCUGCUUAAGCAAGAAAUGGAGGUGGUGAAGCAUGGAAUGGGCCAUGGUGAUCUUUCCAACGAGGCCUAUAACCAGGUGUGGGAGGAAUGCUACAGCCAGGUGCUGUACCUGCCUGGUCAGAACCGCUAUACAAGAGCCAACUUGGCCAGCAAGAAGGACAGGAUCGAAUCCCUGGAGAAGAAACUGGAGAUUAACAGGGGGCACAUGACAACAGAGGCCAAACGUGCAGCUAAGAUGGAAAAGAAGAUGAAGAUCCUGCUGGGUGGAUACCAGUCUCGCGCCAUGGGGUUGAUGAAGCAGCUCAGUGACCUGUGGGACCAGGUGGAGCAGGCCCACAUGGAGCUCCACACAUUCCAGGAGCUGAAGAAGCAGGAGGACACAGCCAUCCCACGCAGACAGGAGGCUCUGAGAGAGGAUGUGCAGAGGCAGCAGGAAAGAGAGAAAGAGCUUCAGCAGAGGUUCGCUGACCUCCUCCUUGAGAAAGAAACGUUGGGUUCAGAAAAGUACUGAAUGUGACUUUGGGGAAAGAAUGUGUAACUCUAUCUCAACAUCGUGGCUGAAUGUACACUGGUUGUAAUAUAAGACCCAUCUAUGGAGUUAUUUUUUCCAGCUUGUAUAACAGCAUGGAUUUCAGUGUGUACCAUAUUAAUGUCCUUCAGCAAGCAACAAAGAUUCCGUCGCUGCUUCUCAAAGCUUCUCUCGUGAGUGUGGAGUUAAAGUUCAGGCUCUGUGCACUUCAGAUCCCAUGGACCAGUCACCCACAUGGAGCCCCCACUUUGUUUUUAAAAUCAUCAGUUUUUCAUUUUGUAAAAUCAACAUGAUGUAUGUUGUAAAUAUUGUCUGUCUGGCAGUAUGUUUGCUCUGCUUUGUUUUCAGAUUCAGGCCAUUUUGGAGACUGCACACAAGAGUCUUGUACCUUUUCAUUUGGUACGUUGAUGUUGAGAGAACUGUGUAUCCUUGUUGGAUGUGAUCAAUCUAGUUCUUCAACUGUAACCCUUCAGUUCUGAGAUCGCUCAGUGUUGCUUUUUUCAUUAAAAUUAUAAAAUAAACGUUUUUUUUUUU